AUGUUUGCCUCAGCUCUAUUCCCCUCCCGCGCAUCCUCGUCGACGUCACACCCUGCCACCCACGCUUCCCCUCGUCGACGUCGCCGUGCCCCAUUACGUCGCUACUUUUACGUCUUCGAUCGCACUCUUUCUCAGUUGUCUCCCCACCACUCCCCACUCUCCUCAGAGGGUUGCCCACUCGGUCGCCCUGGCUUCGUCCUACUGCCGAUAUCGUGUUUGAUUGUAUCGCCUUCUGCUUCCCCCACGCUUCCCCCCACCGUCCGUCACGCUUCCCCCCACCGUCGCCAACGCUUCCUCCCGCUGUCGCUCACACUUCACUCCGUCGUUGCCCACACUACCCCUCCCGUCACCCACCUUCACCGCCGUCCACGCUUUCCCCCUGUCGCCCACGCUUCCUCCCUCCGUCGCCCACGCUUGCUCCCACCGUCGCCCACGCUUCCUCCCACCGUCGCCCUCGCUUCCUCCCACCGUCGCCCACGCUUCCUCCCACCGUCGCCCACGCUUCCCCCCACCGUCGCCCACGCUUUCCCCCACCGUCGCCCACGCUUUCCCCCACCUUCGCCCAUGGCAGGUGGUGGUGCGGCUUUGGAGAGGAGUGUUGGGCGCACAGCCAGGGCAGCGCGUGCAAGCGGGCAGCAAGGAGUGCAGUGCUGCAGGGGGCGGGUUAGGGGAGGCGGAGCGGGGGAGGCGGGGGUUAGGGAGAGAGGUCGUCCUCCUCUCCCUCUCUCUUCCUCCCUUCCUCCAUCUAUCCCACACUCUCUGCCUCACUACCCUCUUUCCCCUUUCUGUUGCCCGUUCUCCCUCCCUUCCUCCCGCCCUCCCUUCCUGCCAUUCUCGCUCUCCUCAUCCUCCCUCGAUCGAGUCCCCCUUUCCCUUUCCAUUUCCCACUCGUCCACUCCCUUCCUCACGCCAACCCUGCUCCUCCGUUCCACCCUUCCUCUCAUUCGCCUAUCCUCUCAAACGGCCAUCCUCUCAUCCGCCCAUCCUCUCAUCCGCCCAUCCUCUCAUCCGCCCAUCCUCUCAUUCGGCCAUCCUCUCAUCCCCCUUUCUCUCAUUCGGCCAUCCUCUCAUCCCCCUUUCUCUCAUUCGGCCUUCAUCCUCCCUCCCCUCCCAACCCUCUGUCUCCUCCCUCACCUCCUCUCCUUCGUCACCACCUCUCCUCCCUAA